AUGACUAUUGGCCAAUUAUUACUUUCACCUCCCAUGCAUCCGUACCUGUAUUCACCACAAUCUCCUUAUGGUGUACUUUAUACGCUCUCACUUACACUUUCACAAUCUUCUUCAUCUGCUUCUAAUUCUCCACCCCACAAUAUUUACCUGAUACCUAACCUUCCCAAUUUUAAUAAUUCAAUAAAAACCACCAAUAUUUAUAUUCGUGGUUUAUCACCUAAUACAACUGACAAAUCUUUGCACAAUAUGUGUUCGAUGUGA